AUGGUCUCUAUGGUGGACCAUAAUGAUAUGGCCAUGGACUCAAUCGUGCCUAAACAUGAACCUGGACCUGAUGGUUCCAUCAGUUCAACUGUGUCGACACCCGAUCCAGAAGCUGAACCCUUGACUCAAGACGCCGCGCAGACACAAAAGAGGAAGGGAGGCAGAAAACCUAUAUACGCCACCUCUGAAGAGAGAAAGCAACGCAACAGGCAGGCCCAGGCGGCCUUCCGAGAACGAAGGACGGAGUAUAUCCGCCAGCUAGAGACCACCAUCAAACGCAAUGAAGAAUCCCUGCAGAGUUUGCAGCAGAGUCACCGCAGUGCCGCUGACGAAUGUCUAAUGCUCCGAUAUAAAAACUCCCUGUUGGAGCGGAUCCUCCUUGAAAAAGGUAUCGAUGUACAGGCUGAACUACGCCUGAAAACUGGGGCGCCGGGCGCUCCUCCCAAGGCAAACCCUAUGCCCCCAAAGGCAGCCCCCAGCGGGGCAGGGGUCCGCCCAAACCAACGACACCCCACCGGCAUCGCCUCGAAGCCCGAGGCAUUCGGCAUGUCACAGCGGGAAGGCGUAUACGGCAUCCCAUCGCCACAGUUUCAAGCAACCCCUACCUCCCACGUCUCCUCGCCCUCGCACGCGAAGUCCCCCGGCUUCGGUUUCCAGGGCGCCAUGUCACCCGUCGAGGGACGGCCCCAACUCCUCCCGCAACCUCGGACUUUCAGUCAGACUUCGCCGCCGGCAAUCAGCAUGCCACAGACCGAUCCAUCAGACUCCAAGCCCCAAUCCCGUGGUGCGGGAAUGGGACCUCGCGGUGCGCGGGUCGCAGCGGCUGCUUACUAUCCUUCUCCAUUCCAGAAACAUUACGAUCAACUUGAACAAGAGUACGAUGCCCAGGCCGAUAUGGUUGACGAAGAUCACGAUGGCUCAUCUUAUGUCCCUGGAUUCACCCCGCAGUCCGUCGCCUCGGGCUCCCACAAUAUGUCCGGUUUCAACCAACAACCGGGCGAUGGCACGCCCACCGAUUUCGGAAAUACAAACCAGCUCCUCGGUCAGUAUGAACCGAUGCUGGAUACAGAUCCGUUCGGGUUAAGUGCUAGCAUGCACUUCCCUACCCCGUUCAACUACGAGCACAACUCGAGGCAAUGA